AGCUCCUACAGGUUACUCUCUUUUGUUGUUGCUCACGCUACCAUUUAAUUGGAGGAUAUAGCAAACAGCGGUGAUACAUACGCACACUGCCAGGAAGCAAGAAUGAUCUCUUCGAGCAACGCCACCUCAAAGCGAGGGCACGCCGGGUCUCGCCUCGACACCUUUCUCAGUGUUACCCUCGGUCUCCUGCUCGCCGUCCUCGCGCUCUCCGUGUCCGCCGCUGAUGUGACCUACAACGCAACCGCCUACGCAAACAACGACAUCACUGUGAACACGAUCGACUCCGGAAAGAUGGUGGUGAUGAUCGUCAACACGACGCCGAGCGUUUUUAACGCCCGCAGCUUCGUCGUGAGUGCCUACCCACUGUACGCCGCCGCCGACACGGCCAUCACGAGCAUGGACAAGGUGAUCAUGGUCGGUUGGUGUGCCAAGACAACGACGGAGCUGAACAGCUCCCUCUCCUGCCUCAAUGGUACCAAGUUUAACGAUGACCCAAGUUACCCUUAUGUUUUCGUCCAGAUGCGCUUCCCCAGCUGGAAUGGCUCCACCGUCGCAUCGCCCAAUCUUGUGAACCUGGACGGUCUGAAGGUGGUCAAGCAGCUCGCCGUGUCGAGCUUCGCCGGCACCUACGACCCCGACAAGAACACCACAUCGGGAGGGUUGGGCUACAUCACGAACAUCUCUUACAACACCGCGGAGGUGUACGCCGUGUUUGGCGUCCUCCUCGCUGUCGUGGUCAUCACGCUCAUUGUUAUUUGCGUAUGCAUCUGCAGGCGAGACAACGCGAUGGCGAACGUAAGCAAGAACAUCAUCGAUAAGGCGAUCGACACGCUGCGCUCGAACCGGCUCAAGUCGCACACUGGUGUCGCGACGACAGGCAGCAACGGCAGCAACAACUAUGCGGCGCACUACAACGUAAACGGCGAGGUUGCCACGUACGGGGCGCCGUCGAUUCCUUCGAUGCCGACCACCACCGUUUCGAAUGCCAAUCAACGAGAGGGCAGCAACAUGUACGCGUCCCCGCCGGACAGCCACGGCGCCCUUGAGCGGGAGAUGCAGGAGAUGAAGGCGCGUCAGACCCUAUUGCCGGAUGCGUCGAAUCCGCAGAAGCCUGCGCCGUGA